AUGGAGCGCAUAUGGGUUGCAUCAUGCUGGAAGUUUCCAUGGCUGCAUGAUCCUGUUCAACUUACACCUCGGCUCAGUCUCAAUAACACUACCAAGGCGUCAGUGAGGGCUUCUACCGCAAGAGCUUUUGGGAUACCAGAACUAGCAAAUUUGCCGCCAGAGCUUUUGCAAAUGAUCAAGUCAUUUGUGCCGCAUCACUCGUUGUGGAAGUAUAGCUUCAUCCAAAAUGUUGCAGAAAGUAUGUCUUCAUCUGGGGCUAAUAUCGAGAGUUACCCAUUGGCCAGCAUCAAGUCAUGGCAACGUGGACUACCAGUUGUCUGCGAUACAGGCGAAUCGAAAGAAUUCGUUCUCAGACUAACUGUUGAUGGCGAUGGCCUCAAUAAAAUCGAGAAACUAGAGAGCUGGCCCGAGUAUAGUCAGGUUCGGUCUAAUGCUUGUGCGUAUCUCUUCGUCCUGCCCUCCCAAGCAGAAGAUUCACAUAUUGAUUUCAAGAAAGUCUUUGCGGUUCGGAUUCGGGGAGUUUUGGGACACGCCGACCCCUCCCCAAAGAAUGGGCUGAGCAUGUUUGCUACACCAUUUAACCGCGAUGGUGCUGUCCGUUUCCGGACGGUAGAUCUUUGCAAUAUCACUGGUCUGACAUUCUUCUACUUCAGAGGCUAUAUGAUGGGAGUUCACGCUCACACAGCCCACUCCUCAACAGCAACAUCCACUUUGGAUGAGAUUUCAGCAAUAGAUCCGAAGUACUUGAUCUGGGCGUAUGUACCAAUUUCGAGUAAAGACAGUCUCGUGAGGAUUGGUGUACGCGACAGUUUAGAUUUGUGUCUGCUUCCGGCGUUUAAAAAACCGACAAUGCUGAUAUCAACCAAGCUUGCCGGUGAUUUCGUGCUGGGUCCUGAUUAUAAAUAUGCCGUGAAAGGAUACUUAUCAGGAAAGGACCCGAGCGUGUUUGUGUACAAUGUCCCGUAUAAUCGAUACCACAGUAUGUAUGGAGCAGUAAGUGACAACAAGGGUGACGAACCUCUAGCACCAUUCCCUCGGACUUAUGCCACGGGAGGGAGUCCCCCAUACCGUGGCCGCAUUUAUUCCCAGGCCCCCACAAAGGACAUUGUUCACGUCGAUGUCUAUUACGAGGAGGCCACCGGAUAUUGCAGAGGACUCCUCCUUGAAUACGCCAACGGCGCUCAGAUGGCGUUGGGCCAAUGCCGAGUCGGGAUUGAUCCAUUCAAGUCUUUUGAUAAACCAAACUGGCUUUGCUAUGCGCAUAGCUCCAACGGCAAAACAUUCAAUCGGAUUGGGCAAUGUAAAAUCGAAUGCAGCACUGGUUCGGAUACUCAUGACCAUGAUCAGAGUGGUAUGUUCUACCAUUGGGCAUGUACUCCUUUGGAAGGGACUCUCGAGUUCGCGUGUGAUCAUAGAAUGGCUGGGCUGCAGUCAUAUGUCGACAUUGAAGAAUGA